AUGGCGCUCUAUGAAUAUGAGAAAUAUUUGAUCGCUCGCGGCGCCUUGCUGGUCGUGACGGCCUGGAUCCCCGCCAGCAUCCUCUUCUUCUGCGCUCUCUGCUUGACCCGUCGUCGCAAGGAUCCCGCGAGAACGGCAUUCACCUACCUCAAGCUUGCUCUGCCUGUGUUUGCCGGCUAUGCCUUCUUCGACAUAUGUUCAGUCGCCCUGACCAUCGCUGUAGUGCGAGAACGAGACGAUUACUACUACGGCUCGUACGAUGCCAUCCGUGCAAUUCAAAUCACCUCCAGCAGCACCGCCAUCAUCAGCAACUUCUUUGACAAGAUUGUCGAUAUUCUUGUAAUGAUCAUGCUCCUGCGCAUCAGCACCGGCAUCGUCAUCGCCCAGUCUGGUCAUGCUGGUCCCAUUGGCAAGAUCCUGCGACUUGGGUCCUACGCUUUUAGCACCCUGCUGGCCAUCUUGACAAUUGCUGCUCUCGGUCUUAAUAUUCGCUUCCUCGCUACCUUUUAUGGUGAUUCUAUUUAUGUCAGUGACUCGGAGGCGCCUGGUGAGGAUGCGUACAACAAGGCCCGGCAGAUUGACUUUGCGUUCCGUGUCUUGGUCUUUGUUGCGGCGCUUGGAAUUGUCGCCCGAUCCGUCAUGGUCAAGAUGCAGCCAAAGGCCGAGAAGACGCUCUCUUGGUGCUCGACCAUGCUCAUCGCCAUGUCCAUCGCCUGGCUCCUGCGCACGACCUACUGCAUGGCGUCCAUCGCUGCCUGGUCCGACUUUUCCAAUAGCAGAAACGACAGAUACGAGUACUACUACAACAUCCUUGACGUUGUCUUUGCUGUCUGGCCACAAUUCACCGUCCUCUGCAUGAUCUUUGCCUUGGGCACCGCCAAGGCCAAGGGGCUCUGGUCUACUCCCCAGCCUUUCAAUGCUCCACAGGGGAACCAACAGACGGCUUGGGGGUACUCUUACAAUAAUGGCCCUCAGCCGACUGCGCCUCCAAUGGUCCAGCAGCAGCCUCAGUUCCAACAGCCCCAACAGCAGUAUCAGCAACCACAGCAGCAUCAGUAUCAACAACAAUAUCAGCAGCCGCAACCAGUAUCUCCAGUCCAACAAGGCUGGCAGCCUCAGCAACCUCAGCAAACAUACAGCGCGUACACCCCCUCCUCGCCCUCGCAGACGACAAGGUCACCCCCUCCCCACGAGGAGACCAUGGGCUUCAACCACCAAGCCGACGGCACGCCUCCAUCGGUUUCACCUCACCCAUACGGCACAAAGGCCGGCAUGUAA